ACGACUUUGAGGCAAAGCGUCAAGAACACCCCGAGAGAUAGUUUUUUUUUCCUCCAUAGAGUUACACUCAGCAUUUUGUAUUUCAGAUGUUUUAUAAGAAUAAAGUACCUGUAUAUAUUAACAGCAUCGAAGAAAUUUAGACCUUACCGACAUAUUUUGUCAUCGGCUGAAGACCAGGUCCGACCUGGUAGCGGUUUUCUCGGUCAUAGCCUGCCGUCUUUGCGGCGUCCAUGAGAUAAACACUCGCCUCGGUAUUUUGCUGCUGUUUGGUAGCUCGAAAGCUUGACUUGUGCCAUCGGCGUUUGUUUGUUUGUUUGUUUGCUGAGCAAGUCACGCCGACUAGCGAUUAUUAUUUAGCUGAUUCUGAAGCUAGUUUUGCGACCAGCGACAGGGCGUCGUUGUCCUGGUUGUUCCGCCGAGGGGAAUUUCAUCGGUUUCCUGUCGCUAGUGUCAAGGAUAUUACAUAAUGUGGCGGUAAGCUGUUGAUGUAGCUUAAUACCGGCCUGUUUUUAUAAAUACGCCUUUGUCGCUUACGCCUGUUACAGCGUUUAAAGUAGUAACAGUCACAUCCAACAAUGGGGAUCAACAGGAUCUACGUUAGCAUAGGUUAUGCUACAUUUGGUGCCCUGGUUGGACUCUCGGCUUUCUUGGUCUGGAAUAUUGCUUAUAAACAGCCGUGGACGGCGGCCAUGGGAGGCCUGUCAGGAGUCUUAGCACUCUGGGCUCUCGUCACACACAUCAUGUACCUGCAGGACUACUGGCGGACCUGGCUCAAAGGGCUCAGGUUCUUCAUCAUUGUUGGUGUGCUCUUCUCAAUUUUGGCAGUGGCCGCCUUCAUCACCUUCCUCACUCUCGCCAUAACAGAGAAGCAAUCUCUUACUGACCCGAGGAGUCUCUACCUCUCCUGUGUGUGGAGCUUCCUAACCCUCAAAUGGUCCUUCCUCUUGGCCUUGUACUCAUACAGAUACCGCCAGGAGUUUGCAGAUAUCAGCAUCCUCAGCGACUUCUAGUCAGUACUGAUUUUAUAGACUGUGAUGGACUUUGAGGGGUUUUAGGCUGCCAGCAGGAGCUGGUCUAAGAGCUUUUGUAACAAAGAGGAGGAAAACCAGACAUGGCUAGAUCAAAGAGUCAUCUGACUUUUAUCACAUGGACUUGCACUUGUUGCUCCUGCUUAACAACUUCUGUGUUUGUAUUGUAACACGUUCUCCUACUUUUAGUGAGCUACAUAUUAUUAUUCCUGUUGUAGUCAUAAGUUUAAACCUCUGAAGAAGGAACCAAUUUUGAGUAAAUCGCUCGAGGCUAUUUAUGAAGAGACACGCCGGUGGAUUUUCAGACAAAUUUUAUUUUGUGAAUGUUUAAUCUUGGAAUAAAAACUAAUAUAUAAAAGGAAAUCCCCACCAUAACCAUUUUUAAUCCAAUGACUACUUGUUAAAAUGAAAAUACUCUCAAAGCUAAAAUCCUCAAAACCAAAACUAAAGCCACCUACCUGGAACCACACUGAUAAAACUAGGUCAGCAGUGUAUGUUGAGUGCUUGAUUGUUUUUACCCAAAUGAGCUUUUUCAUAGCUGCAGUUCUGAACCACAGAAUGUUCAUAUCUCCAGACUGUCACUUAGUGUCUGCAAAGUUAGUCUCUCAGCUCCACUCAUCAUCAGCAAAGAAAUUUGAAUUUUUUUCGUUUUUCUUUUUUUUAAUUCAACCACUGAUUUGAAUAGUUGCUCUCUCAUGUACAGCUUUUUAAAGAUGCUAGUUAAUAUACCACCCCAAAGGAGGAAAGUUUACUUUUCUCACUUUAUACUCUGCUUUUCUUUUCAUAGAACUGAAUGGUGGAGUUGUAUAUCAUGCCCAAAGGAAAGGCGUUCCUGUGGAAUGAUUUGUGCUUUUCAUCUUUGGUUCCACCAGGGGGAGACUUGCUUUUUCUGUCUUGAGUCCACAGACAUUCCUCUUUAGAGAAAAUAAAACAAUUAGAUUUGAUAAAUAAUUGCACUUUAGUCUUUGAUAUUGAUGCCAUUGUUUUGCACACAAAUUCUGAUACAGUGGGGAGAAAAAAACUUUUCAUGCUGUCACUCAUGUCUCACCCUUUUUAAUGUUGAACUACACUAUUUAUAUGUAUCAUUUAGGUUACAACUAGUAUGAUUUGUGUAAGUCAAGUUAGACUAGGCUUCGUAAGUGGUUUAGGUCCAGCUGUAGGUUGUGUCUACCUUUUACCAUAAAACAUGUAAAAUAGUAUUUUUGUUGACGAGAGGAUGAAUGUGAGAAUGCUACAUGUAUGUAGAAACUGAACCCAUUAAAUGUGCAUUUAUUGUUAAUUACA